AUGGAAAGAAAACAAGAGGAUAAAAUUGAAAGCAGUGAGAGUUCUGCAAUGCCUAGAAACCAAGAAAGGGGAUUUGAUGGUGAAAUAUACCGACAUAAAAAGUCCAGCAUGUAUAGCGAGCUCAACAAAGUGUCGUCCUCGGGUGGUAUACAGCCCUCACCAAGGUCAGCUUCUUCUCUGGAUCGUCCAUCCAAAUAUAGAUGCAUCCCACCUGAUGAUCCUCUUCCUAUUCUUCAUGAAUUUUAUCAGCCAGGAAACCUUGUCAUUGGUGGGAUAAUUUCUCAGGUGAUCUUUCACUACGAUAAUGUAUCUUUCAAGGAGCAUCCUGCAAAGGAAUUGAUUGAUGAUGCUAUUUCCAUACCUAAGAAUUACCAGCACAUUCUGGCCUUGGUGUUUGCUGUGAAAGAGAUAAAUGAGAAUCUCAACUUUUUACCAAACCUGUCCCUGGGACUGCAUGUUCUUAAUAGCUACUACACUGGAAAGAUGACCCAUAAAGCCACCCUGAACCUGCUUUCUACACAAAAUAGGUUUCUCCCCAACUUCCAGUGUCACCGCCAGUACUAUCUAAUUGCUGUCAUUGGAGGAAGUACUUCUGAAAUGUCUAGCAAUAUAGCCAUCAUUUCUGCAAGGCACAAGAUGCCACAGCUGACCUACACCUCUUUUCUGCAAGAAAGGGAUGCUAUAAUCCAUUUCCCGUUUUUGUACCGGAUGGUUCCAAACGAAAGGCAUCAGUUCAGGGGAGCUGUGCAGUUAUUUCAGCAUUUCAAAUGGACAUGGAUUGGGCUUGUAGCUGCAGGCGACGACAAAGGAGAUAGCUUUUUACAAUCGAUAGUGCCAAUGCUUUAUGAGAAUGGCAUCUGUGAUGCCUUCAUAAUAAGAAUACCAAAGCAAACAUACAUGGAAGAGCUGAUAAACGAGCUUCUAGAGCACUGGGCAAGCUAUGGAAUUGUCUCCAAGAGUAAAGCCAAUGCAUUUUUCGUAUAUGGAGAAUCUCCAUCCUUUGAGAAUUUGAGAAUCUUACUAUUUCUUUUAUCCUUCCUGAAUCUGCCACCACUGGGUAAAGUGUGGAUUGUCACGUCCCAUUGGGAUUUUGCAUCACUUUCUCUUCAAAAGAUUUGGGAUAUGCAGAUGUUUCAUGGUUCCAUAGGCUUCACUGUUCACUCAAAGGAGCCAUUAGGAUUCCAAGCGUUCCUCCAGAUGAUAAGACCUUCCUGGACUAAAGGAGAUGGUUUUAUCCAGGAUUUCUGGGAACAAGCAUUCAGUUGUAAACUAAAUAGAUCUAAGAGGCAGGAAUGGAACAAGACCUGCAGUGGUGAAGAGAGGCUAGAGACUCUUCCUGGGACUUUAUUUGAAAGGAACAUGAUUGGUCACAGUUACAAUGUAUACAACGCUGUCUAUGCUGUGGCACAUGCUUUGCGUGCCAUGUACGAAUUUAAUUCCAAACACAGGACACCUGCAAAAAGAGGGAGACUGGAAUUUUGGAAAGUGCAACCGUGGAUGGUUCACCGUUUUUUGGGCAACGUGUUAUUCAACAACAGUGCUGGAGACACCGUGAGCUUUGACAAAAACAGGGAAUUUGUGACAGAGUUUGAUGUGACAAAUUGGUUGAUGUUCCCUAAUGGUUCGAUAGUUAGAAUAAAAGUUGGCAGACUGGAUCCCCAGGAUCCUUCAGGAAAUACGUUAACCAUAAAUGACAACCAACUUGUAUGGCAUAACAGUUUUAACCAGGUGUUGCCUGUAUCUGUGUGCAACUACAACUGCUAUCCUGGCUUCAGCAAGCAAAAGAAGGAGGGACAAGAAUUUUGCUGCUACGAUUGUGCACCAUGUCCAGAAGGGAUGAUCUCUCAUCAGAAGGACAUGGAUGCUUGUAUCAGAUGUCCAGAAGAUAAAUAUCCCAAUGAGGACAAAUUUCAAUGCAUUUCCAAGACUGUAAGCUUUCUUUCUUUCAAAGACACAUUAGGGAUUGUCUUGGCUAUUUUGGCUACUUUCCUAGCCUUCACCACAACUUUAAUGCUUGGAAUAUUUUUGAAGCAUAAAGACACUCCAAUCAUCAAAGCUAACAAUAGAAGUAUCUCUUAUACUCUACUAACUUCCCUCCUUCUUUGUUUUCUCUGUGCCUUGUCUUUCAUUGGACAGCCAGGAAAGGUGACCUGCCUUCUCCGACAAAUAUUUUUUGGUGUGGUCUUCUCUGUAGCACUUUCCAGCAUUUUGGCAAAAACCAUCACAGUGAUUCUGGCAUUCAUGGCUACGAAACCAGGAUCAAGGAUGGGGAGAUGUGUAAAGAAAGGGCUUGCACAUUUGAUUGUUGUUUCUGGUUCCUGUAUUCAAGCAGGCAUUUGUAUAGUUUGGCUAAGCACUUGUCCUCCAUUCCCUGACGUGGACAUGCAUUCAUUGCAUGGGCAGAUCAUUCUGGAAUGUAAUGAGGGUUCAUCUUUUAUGUUUUAUUGUGUCUUGGGAUAUUUGGGCUUCCUAGCAAUUGUCAGCUUCCUUGUGGCUUUCAAAGCCAGGAAGUUGCCCAGUAGAUUCAAUGAGGCCAAAUUUAUCACUUUCAGCAUGCUAGUGUUUUGCUUUGUUUGGGGGUCCUUUGUUCCAACAUACCUGAGCACAAAAGGCAAAUAUAUGGUGGCUGUGGAGAUCUUCUCCAUCUUGUCCUCCGGCGCUGGGCUGCUAGUUUGUAUCUUUUUCCCUAAAUGCUAUAUCAUUGUACUGACACCUGAGCUGAAUAAUAGAGAACAAUUAAUGCGACGAAAAAAUAAAAUAAAAUAA